AUGAAGCCACCAAUAAUAUUCCUUUUGGUUAUCUCCAUUUAUAUCCUUCCGCUGGCCAUCUCUGACUCCGGCCUUCCUCCACUCAUCCGCCUCCCCUCCGACGUCAUCUUAGACACGGCCGGCAACCCAGUGGUCGCCGGAGCCAAAUACUACGCCAUCCCAGCCCUCACCGACGUGGAAGGCGGCAUAAGCGUGGCUAAUCUCAACACUACGGGAAACCCCUCCGCCUGCCCCACCCACGUAGUAAUAAACGUCACAUUAGCCGCCGUGGGUCGUCCUAUAACUUUCUACCCUCUAAACCGCGAGGCCGAGGCCUCACGCGCCGCCGAGGCUUCACGCGCCGCCGCCAACGGAGACGCCAUCAUACGGCAGUACCCACUGAACGUGGCCUUCGAAAAAUCGCCGGACCCAUCGGAUCCCUGCGCUAAGGAGAAUGUUUGGAAGCUUAAUCAUGAGGCGAGUGAGGCGACAAUAGUGACCGGUGGGGUUAUAGGCAAGGAGGAUGAUAUUGGGAACUGGUUUAGGAUUGAGAAGAAUAUUAAUGGAAGAGGGUACCUUUUCAACUGGUGGCCAAGCCUUUGCCUUUACUGCAGGAUUGGUUACUUUCGUAUUGGCACAGUCGGCGAUGGACAUCAGCUGGGAAUCAACUACAGGGACGAAUCGCUAUAUCCUUUUGAAUUCGUAAAGGCUGAGUGA